AUGGGUUCCGAUUUACCCACCUUCGACCUAUACACCUACUUUCGGUCUUCGUGCUCGGCAAGAUUGCGCAUUGCGCUCCAUUUGCACGGCAUCCCCUACAAGCCCAUCUUUGUGCAUUUGCUGAAGAAUGAGCAGCGUACCGAGGAACACCGGGCUCUCAACCCGUCCUUGAGCGUACCGGUUCUAGUAGUGCACAAGACGCCAGGUGACAGCUUCGCCAUUCCACAGUCGAUUGCCGCCCUGCAGUAUCUCGAAGAAAUCAUCCCAUCCUCAAGCGCACACUAUCGACCUCUCCUACCCCAAAACCCAGAGCUGCGCGCUCUCACCCUGACCUUGGUCGCGAUUAUUUCGGCAGAUGUCCAACCUGUAGUCAACUUACGCGUUCAGAGAUGGAUCAAAGAGCUCGACGCUGACCCUAGCCCGCUAUGUCGGCAGGCGACAGAGGCCGGGUUCGCCGCAUACGAAGCCAUUGCCUCCAAGACAGCGGGUGUCUUUAGCGUUGGAGAUGACAUUACUCUAGCAGAUGUAUGUCUUGUUCCUGCAGCAUGGAGCGCCGCACGUUUUGGCGUAGAUAUCAACAACUACCCGACCAUCGCGCGUGUAGUGGCCAAGCUGGAAGAGGAAGAUGCAGUCAAGAAGGCCCAUUGGCGCAACCAGCCCGACACGCCAGAAGAGUUCAGACAGGCGUCUGCAAGUUGA